AGUUCCACUUACACUCUGCGGGGAUUAAAAUCGAAGCGCAAGCUGAAAACGUCCACUUCAUUCAAAAUAGCAUUGCCAGAAUCACCGGUUAAAGCAAGUACAGUACCAACAUUUUUACCUGCAACAAGAUGCCUGAACCGCAGCACGAGCCGCUCAUCUCUUCUCAAACGUCGAUCAACAUGGGAACUCGCGAGAGUGACUCCACAAAGAGGGCCCUGAAGGUGGCAGGGCUCACCAUGCUGGCCUGUGCUCUCAUCGCUGGUCAGGCCCUCACAGCGUACUUCCUCCUGAGCCAGAAGUCUCAGAUCAGCUCCCUGCAGGACAGCGAAGCAUCAAUGAAGCAGGCCCUGAACCGUCCCCAGUCUGGAGCCUCCUCUGGCAGGAUGGCCAGCAUGGUCAAGCCGAUGAACAGCUUGGCCAUGAUAACCGAUGAGGACCCUAAACCAGAGUCCCCCAGUGUGCAGAAGUCAUGCGUGGAGCAGGCCGUGGAGGCGGGGAACAGCGAUUCCCGCCCCCAGUGUGAUGAGCAGGGGAACUUCCUGCCCAUGCAGUGCCAGCAGAAACCUAAGUUCUGCUGGUGCGUGAAGGCCAACGGAGAGAUGAUCGUGGGCACAGCCAGAGCUGGACCAGUGAACUGUGGAGGCACUCCCAAGGCUAUGGUCCACAUGCCCGCCAUGUCUAGCCAGCUGGAGGUAAACGAUGAGUGAGGAGGCGUGAACCUGGGCUGUGUCAGCAGGAGACACAUGGCUGCUCUCCGACGAGAGAUCCAGGAGAGAGAAAAAAAAAAAAAAAGCUUUUACUUUCCUUACAUAUCAUUAACACACUGUGCCUAAAAGAUAAAAGAUCCGCUGAGUAGUCGCUUGAUUUAAUUGAAAGCCUAGACAAGUAACUGUUAAGGUUUGUUAAUGUCCUGAUUGACAACAAUGUAAUCUCUCAAAAAUAUUACCUUAAGAUCAAAAAGUUUUCUUACUCAUAUGGUAAAGCUGACAGACUGCAGUGAAUUAUGCUAUUGUAUUGAGCAAGUGUAGAAGGAGGAGGUGGACUUGUGGAGAAAUGUCGAAGAGGUAACAAAUAAACUUGGCUGUUUUCCCUU